AUGUCUAUUCAGCUCAAGUUUGAUGAAAACGUUAUAAGAGAGUAUGAUGAAGAACAAAAUAAAGACUUAAUUACCUUCAAACAUUGGCUUGGAAUGCAAUCGUGCAUCGGUUAUAUGAAUGGUUUAGGCUAUAUAGAUAAAGAACAUCAUAUGACAGAAGUGGACAUUAUGUGCAAUAAAACAAUAAAAUUAUUGAUUGGAAAUAUUGAGGGCAAUACUUUUUUGGUUACUCAAGACGGUGAGAAGUAUUUAUGGAGAGAUACGAGUGUAAAAGCUAUAUUCGAUUAUGGUGAAACUGAAUCAGAUGAUGGAAUUGAAUAUGAGAUCACAUUUUAUAAUUCCAAUAAGAUUGAUUGGAGCAACACAAAGAUUGUAAAAGCCACAACUAACACGGAUGAUUUUCUCGCUUUAACUGAUGAAGGCAAAGUAUAUUACACAAACGUUUGGAGAAACGGAAUAGAUUGCGGUAUAUACCAAAUGGAUAUCAAAGAGAAGAUUAUAUGCAUGGGUUGCGGAAUUAAUUUUUAUGUGCUAGUCACCGAUAACUGCAAAACGUACACUUGGUAUAGAAAUGUAGGCACAAAAACUUUCAUAGACGAGCCACAUGAAAUAGCAGAAUUUACAGGCAAAACGAUUGUCAAGGUAGCCUGUGGACCUGAUUAUACACUCGCUCUAACUGAUAAAGGGAAAGUUUACAGCUGGGGUUCAAACGUUAGUGAACAAUUGAAUCCGAAUAACACACAUGACGUUUCAUCUCCUAUCAUGAUAAAUAUAGCUAACGUAAAAAAGGUAUCGGACAUCGCCGUCAUUGAUGUCAAAAGCUUUGUCAAGUCUAGCGAGGAUGGACUUGUCUACUGCACAUUUGAUUCUAUGGUAUCAUCUAAAAAACCUGUCGUCUGUGAAUAUACGAACGCGUUUGAUAUAUCCAACUCGAUGAUGGGUCAAUCGCCAAUAUCUAUGACACGCCAAUUCAUAAAUGAAGAAUUUCACAUAUUAAAUGAUUUGGAAACUGCAUUCAACGAUAAAUCUACGAGUGAUCUCACGAUGAUAGUCGAGAAACAAUCAAUUUAUGUUCACAAGGUUAUCCUGAAGAUUCGUUCUACAUAUUUUAGAACCAUGUUUCAAACUGAUUGGAUUGAAAACAAGCAAAGCAUCAUCGAGAAUCAUAAUUAUAAGUAUAUCGUCUAUAAAAAAUUUUUGGAAUAUUUAUAUACCGGUAAGAUCAAUCUAUCAUCUUUUGAGAACCUUUUAGGUGAGUUUGAAAUAAACAUACUGGCAGAUGAAUUCUGCGAGGAAAAUCUCCAGACGGAUUGUACACGAAAAAUAAAAAAAACAAUUAAUGUAUCGAACGUCAUGCGCCUUUUUAAAAUUAUCAAUGAAAUGACAGUAGAACAUUACAAAAAGGAAUUGAUGAAAUAUUGCUUCAACUUCUAUUUCAAAAACAUGACGAAUGUAAUCCGGACAGAAAGUUUUAAAGAAUUGGAUGUCGAAACAAAGUCUAUGUUAAUACAUAAAGGAAAGAAUUUUUUUUUAUCAGAAAUUGGUAGUUGUGGUUAUUUAGAAUAA